AUGAGUGAUAACAAUUCGUCAAAAUUAUCAUCAUCGAAGUGUGCUACCGAAAGUGAUAACGAAGAUGAAAAUAAUAAUGAAAAUCAUCGUUUGCAUGCAACUGGUGGAAAAGUAUCGUAUGCUGAACGGAAAUUAUUAAAUAAGAAACAAAAGAUUUUAGAAAAGAAAAAACGGCAAUCUCAUGUACUCUUUCCAAAAACACCCACAUUCUUUGAAUAUGAUGCAGUGAAUUCAUUAACAGAUGAUGCAAGUAGUACAUGUUCCUCAGAUUUCUCACUUACCAAUGAUUAUGUUCGAAUGCCAGGGUUUGAUCAUCAUGGACAUACGAAAUUGGAAUCUAUUGAGGAUGAACAAUCAUCGAUUAUUGAAGCAGAUAAGGAUCAAAUCAAAAGUCAGGAUUAUGAUUUGAAUGGAAAUCUUAGAUUAAAAAAGAAAAAGAAUGUUAAGAAAAAAACUGGAUCGAAUAAGAAAAGUUCGAAAAUUAAUUCUCCUCGUGCUAAACCUAAGAGAGAUCCAUUACCGAUGAAACUUCGUGCAUUGCCACAAUCAUUUUGGCAACAGCCGAAUAAUACGAAUGUUUUAUCACCUGGAACUGUUUACCCAGUUCUACCGCCAUUAGCUGCCAAUUCUCGAGAACUAACACCACCUGAAGAUCGUCCGGAAGGUAUUAUAAGUGUUGCAAAUACUGAUUUACUAUUUAGUUUAUUUCGUGAAGUCGAAGCAGCACAACGAAAAAUUCAGGGAAAGCAACAAAUUCCUGCAGUUGUUAAACGAGGCAGACCAAAAAAACCACCUACUUCUUUGUCCAAAUCAGUAUUAAAGGAUGAUGACCCAUGUUUAGUGAGUACAGUUACAGAUACAAUAUUACCACUUAUACCAGUGGACAAAACGGCGCCUAAUUCUAUUCAAGCACAAAUAGCUGAGGGACAACAGGUUCUGGCAAUGGUUUCAUUAAAUGGUGAACGUGAAGAUGUAAUUUUACCAAAUUUAAAUACAGAUCAUAAAAACUAUUCUCAGAUUUUAUCAGAUCUUGUUAUACAAUUAUAG